AUACCACCUGUGGGUGCCUCACCUGGGCCCAGCCUCGGGCACACGGAACAAGUGGAGGGUGGAUGCAGCCAUGAAACGCUCUCCAGCAAGGCAGAGGAGGAAGAUCUGGACUCGGAAAAUGAGAAGUUGGUGGUGAGAGAGCCAGAGGAUGAAGAUGCUGCAGAUGAGACAUUCUCUUUUAAAUACAGUCCUGGAAAGCUGAGGGGAAACCAGUACAAGUCAAUGAUGACCAAAGAAGAACUUGAGGAAGAACAAAGGGUUCAGAGAGAGCAGCUGGCUGCCAUCUUCAGGCUCAUGAAGGAAAAAAGUGACACAUUUGGAGAGAUGUCUGAAGGAGACAUGAAGGAGCAGCUUAGGCUGUAUGACAUAUAACCUUGCAGCCAGUGGAGACUAUGCCCAAAAGUCAUCUUGGCCCUUACUAUGCAGCACACUGGAGACUGUAGUGCUAUAAACAUGUCCCAGUAGUUAUUUUGCAGUUCCAGUUUGUUUUGCAAAUGCAUAUAGGCCUGUGAUAUAUACUUCAAAAGACUUGUAAUUUCUCACCCUUUUAAUAAUUUUUCCUUGAAGA